AGUGGAUCAUGAUCCUUAUAACCCCAUAUAUGUUGGUAAUGAUAGAAGGGGCGGGUAGGUUGUUUAGCUUUAUCUGAAACUGCUGGUUCACAUACUCUUCACUGUGAAAGCAGAAAACUUAACAACCAUAUAUGGCCAUGGCCACGCUAGCUUCCUCUUCACCUUCGUUGCUCUGUUCCCCAACCUCUUCCAAGCUCCUCCCACUUUCACAUUCUUCUACUUUGCGCCUUUCUUUCUCUUCAUCCUUUCACUCAUCCUCUCUAUCAGUUUCUCCCACCUUUCUAGCACACCCUUCUUCAGUUUCUGGACGUUUUGGUAAACAUGCUGCUGCAUUCAGCAUCAGUGCCAGUGCUGCAGAGAAGAAGAAGGUGCUCAUCGUGAACACCAACAGUGGAGGGCAUGCUGUGAUUGGUUUCUACUUUGCAAAAGAGCUUCUAGGUGCCAGCCAUGAGGUCACCAUACUCACUGUUGGUGAAGAAAGCUCAGACAAGAUGAAGAAACCUCCUUUUAACAGAUUCUCAGAAAUUGUGAGUGCUGGAGGCCGCACAGUGUGGGGGAAUCCGGCUGAAGUAGGGAGCGUUUUAGGAGGGGAAGCUUUUGAUGUGGUUUUGGACAACAAUGGCAAGGAUCUUGAGUCUGUGAGGCCGGUGAUAGAUUGGGCCAAGAGUUCUGGUGCCAAGCAAUUCUUGUUUAUCAGUAGUGCUGGAAUCUACAAAACCACAGAUGAACCUCCACAUGUUGAAGGGGAUGCUGUUAAAGCAGAUGCUGGUCAUGUUGGUGUGGAGAAAUACAUUGAAGAAACUUUUGAGAGUUGGGCAGUGUUCCGGCCACAGUACAUGAUUGGGUCUGGCAACAACAAAGACAAUGAGGAGUGGUUCUUUGAUAGGAUUGUUAGGGACAGACCAGUGCCAAUUCCUAACUCAGGAUUGCAGCUCACAAACAUAGCUCAUGUUAGGGACUUGUCCUCAAUGCUUACGCUAGCUGUGGAGAACCCAGAUGCUGCAAAUCAUACAAUUUUCAACUGUGUGAGUGAUCGUGCCGUGACUCUGGAUGGAAUGGCCAAACUUUGUGCUCAAGCUGCAGGGCGCCCUGUUAACAUAGUGCAUUAUGAUCCAAAAGCUAUUGGCAUUGAUGCAAAGAAAGCUUUCCCUUUCCGUAAUGUGCACUUCUAUGCUGAACCUAGAGCAGCCAAAACUAAAUUGGGGUGGAGUUCAACCACAAACCUCCCUGAAGACCUGAAGGAACGGUUUGAGGAGUACAUAAAGAUUGGGAGAGACAAGAAGCCCAUAAAAUUCGAGCUAGAUGAUAAGAUAUUAGAGGCCUUGAAAGUUCCUGUGCCUGUGUGAUCCAUUCAAGUUCAAAAUAAAUAAAACAUUGAUUUGACAAGAUUGUAAGAAUUUUUGUUACUUAUUCAAUUGAUGCGUACUGAAGAAA